CCGUGGAGUAUUUGAAUGGAGUUGCAGUCUCGGCUUGCUCCCAAGUUGUCAGUGCGCAGUUAGCUCCCCUCCAACACCCCUCCCCAACUCAACCCACCCCCUGCCCCAUCCUCCUUUUAACAAGCCGACUGCUGGCUGAGCCCUUAUUUUUGUUUUGCAAUCUGUAUGUGUGAGGCUGGGAAGGCAGCACAGUGAUAUUUUGCUGUUUUAUUCGGAGAAGGAUGGGAGGGACAGGAAGGGGGUGCUGUGCUGGGAUUAUGAUGGUACCAGUAGCACGGCUGCCGCUGUUGUUGCUGAUGUUGGGGGCCAUGCUAUGGGCCGUGCUAGCCUCCGGCCUCGACGCCGGGGACGGGGAGCUGCCUGCCAAGGACGGCGAGUGCAAACUGAAGACGGUGAGCGUGUCGGCGCUGCCUUUCCUGCGGGAGAACGACCUGAGCAUCCACACGCCGUUGUCCGCCGAGCCCAAACUCCUCUUCUCGGUCAGAAACGACUUCCCCGGCGAGGUGGUCGUGGUCGAUGACCUGGAGAACACCGAGCUGCCUUACUUCGUCCUGGAAAUAUCUGGCUCUUCAGAAGAGAUUCCCCUUGUUCGCUGGAGGCAGCAGUGGCUAGAAAAUGGAACCUUGCUUUUUCAUGUUCACCACCAGAAUAUUGCCCACCGUUUACCAGGGCUCAUCCCAACCAUCUAUUCUCAAACAGAUUCUGCUGAGGAAGAACUCCGAAUCCUCCAUAUUUCUGUGAUGGCAGGGAUGAUCGCCUUGUUAUUGGCAAUUUUGUUCCUUGUUAUGAUUCUCUACACUCGGCGGAGAUGGUGCAAGCGGCGCCGUGUCCCACAGCCCCAGAAAAGUGCCAGUGCAGAGGCAGCAAACGAAAUCCACUACAUCCCAUCGGUGCUGAUGACUGGCCAGACUCGGGAGAGCCUGCGGAACACCCGACCACAGGGUCACAACUCCAGCGGCUCCAUCAGCAUCCGGGAGACGCCCAUACUCGACGGAUAUGAGUACGACAUUGACGACCUUCGCCAGCAGCUGCAGAGGGAGUGCAUGAAUGGCGGGGAGGAUUUUGGCAGCCAGGUGACACGCACCUUGGAUUCUCUUCAAGGUUGUGACGAGAAGACCUGCCUGGAUCUCACCCCAGGAAGUGAUACCACCAAGCUGUCGCUCAUGAAUAAAUACAAAGAGAACUUAUUAGCCACCAGCCCUGUGGACAUCAGCCACCAGCAGACAGCUUUGCUCCCACGCAGUUCCUCCAGUGGGCAAAGAAAACGUUUCACCAGUAAAUCCAGAGCUGGAUCUGCCUUUUUGAAUCCUGAAGGCGAUUCUGGGACUGAAGCCGAUAACGAACCUCAGCUAACAUUUUACACUGACCCCUCCCGUAGCAGGCGCCGGAGCAGAGGUUCUCCCCGCAGCCCUGUCAACAAAACUACCCUCACACUGAUAAGUGUGAUCGGCUGUGUUAUUGGACUGGUUUAUGGCUCACACCUGAACUGCCCUUUGUCUGUCAAAGUUGUUCUCCAUGUCCCAGAACAUCUCAUUGCAGAUGGAAGUAGAUUCAUACUGCUUUAUGGAAGCCAGUUGGUUGCCAAUGACUGGUUGAAUCCAGCUCAGGUGGUGCUGUAUCACCAGCAGAACAGCAGUGGUCCCUGGAUGAUGGAGCUGUGUGGCCGACGCCUCAUUGACCCCUGUGAACACGAGUGUGAUGUGGACACAGGUGAAUGUGGCUGCAAGGAAGGAUAUACAAAAGAUCCUGUUCACAAGCAUCUCUGCAUCAGAAAUGACUGGGGCAUAAACCAAGGCCCCUGGCCAUACACAGUGUUUCAGCGUGGCUUUGAUCUGGUGUUGGGAGAACAGCCAUCAGACAGAAUUUUCCGGUUCACCUACACGCUUGGGGAAGGAAUGUGGCUACCUCUGAGUAAAAGCUUCGUCAUUCCCCCAGCAGAACUUGCCAUUAACCCAUCAGCCAAAUGCAAGACAGACAUGACAGUGAUGGAGGACGCAGUUGAAGUCAGAGAAGAAGCCAUGAUCUCUGCUUCCUUUGACAGCCUUGAGGUUCUGCUUGACUCUUUUGGUCCUGUGAGAGAUUGCACAAAGGACAAUGGUGGCUGUAGUAGAAACUACUGCUGCAUUUCCGAUCGCAAACUGGAUUCAAGUGGUUGCGUAUGCCCUCUGGGACUCAGCCCGAUGAAAGAUGGUUCUGGCUGUUAUGACAGACACAUUGGCAUUGAUUGUUCAGACGGGAUGAAUGGCGGUUGUGAGCAACUGUGCCUGCAGCAGACCAUGCCUCUACCAGACAACCCCUCGCACUACAACAUUGUGAUGUUUUGUGGUUGUAUUGAGGACUACAAGCUAGCUUCGGAUGGAAGGAUGUGCCAGCUGGUUUCUGAAUCCUGCACCAAUGGCCUUGACUGUGCUGAUGCCAGCCUUCCUCUGAACCAAACGCGCUUCAGAGAUCUCUUCUACGGUUACAAUAACCAGACUAAGGAACCUGCACUUGGCCAAGUGUUCAUGGGCACAUUCCGACAGAAGAAUGUGAUGAUUGGUAUACCACAGCAGCUGCCAGAUGGAGUGAUUGUAUCAGCUCUGCCCAGUGAAAGCCAUUGUCAGGAAUUGCUGUCUGAACCCAUUCCGGAUCCAGAUUACCUCACAGGAAUGGUUAACUUCAGUGAAGUGACAGGAUAUCCGAUGGUGCAGCACUGGAAGCUGCGAUCAACCCAGUACCACGUAAAGCUUAACCAGAAGACCCUCUCUGCAGCAUUCAGCCAUGCUGUCCAUUCUCUGGAUGGAGCCACACUGCGGAGUGACUUUGUGUCAGUGCUGGAGGAAUUUGGCAAUCACUACAUCCAGGAGGCUCUGUACGGAUUUGAGGAAACAUGCACCAUUUGGUUUCCAAAUCGUUCUGUUCAGAGACAGCUGUGGAUGGAAUAUCAAGAUAUUAGCAAAGGCAAUUCUCCAUCUGAUGAAUCCGAGGAACGUGAGAAGGAUCCAAAGUCUAUAACCUUUCCUGCCUAUGUUAGCAGUCUUCUCGAUUCGGGCGAUGAUCUUAUGUCAUCAGGGGUGAGGAUGUACUGUGAAAACAGGGGUGUUUGCCCUACGUCCUGUCAUCUAUGCCACCUAACAGGAGGCCAGAACAGGCAAGAAGAGCCUGUCUUACUGGAAGUCACCAAGGCUGCUCCCUUGUAUGAACUGUUGAGUGACAACGAGACACAGAAAGCUAUCUACGAAGCAAUGUUGAGCCAGCUCUGGUGUUCAGGAGGUGGUGAUGUUAUCGAUGAUUGGUGUCGAUGUGAUUCUACAACUUUCAGUGUUGAUGGCCUACCAAACUGUGCGCCCCUGCCUCAGCCAGUUUUGAGAUUGUCACCGGCACAUGAACCCAGUAGCUCCUUGGUGGCUUUGGAAUGGCACCACACGGAGCCCACCAUCGGGGUGAAGAUUGUCGACUACCUGAUCAGUUUGGAAAGAGUCACCAUCACUGACCGCACAGAAACAUCCAAGAUUGAGACGGAAUCAGUGUUGAGCUUUGUGGAUGACAUUGCCUCUGGAUCCAAGACUCCCUGUGUGAUGUUGGGAAAAGUUCCAGACAAAGUUUCAAACUCAAUAUCUUUGAUCGUCAGAUGCCUGGAGCCUGAUACUACAUAUAUGUUUACAUUGUGGGCCGUGGAUAACACUGGAAGACGUUCCAGACCCAGCGCAGUCACUGUUAAAGUACCUUGUCCACUCGUGGAUGAUGUCAAGGCUAAAGAAAUUGCUGACAAAAUCUACAACCUGUUCAAUGGCUAUACAAGCGGAAAGGAGCAACAGACCGCGUACAAUACCCUGAUGGAUCUGGGCCCAUCUACCCUGCACCGAGUGUACUACCAUUACAACCAGGACUACGAGCACUUUGGAGAAUUCACGUGGCGCUGUGAGGACGAAUUGGGCCCCAGGAAAGCUGGCCUGAUCCUAUCCAAAUUGGAGGAGCUCAGCAGCUGGUGCAGGAGUCUACUGCGAGAGCCCAAGAUCAUCCUGCGGCGAAUCUCCUUGAAGUACCUCUCGUGUCAGUACAGCGAAAUGAAGCGUUCAGGAAUAAACUGGCAAGACCUGAGCACCGAGGUGAAGAAGAUCUGUGAGGAACAGUUCCUGACGGUGCUGUACAAUGACUAUGGGGAGCAUAAGGAGUUCUGACCGAGGAAUGCCCUUUGUGCCUAUUCCCCACACCUACUGCCCCGCCCCCCCCAACCCCACCCCCUUGCCACUUUCUUCGGCUGUUCCGUACGCCAUCCACACAGCCCUCUUGGGUGAAAUGUUGCUCGGCCCCCUGCAGUUGUUUUGUAGAGAUCAUUGUUAACCCCAGGCUCAGUUCUGGUCUGGCUGUAAAACUCUGAAUCCGUUUGAUGUGUCAGCCAAACAUGGAGAAUUGUGUUUGAUUUUUAACUUCUUUCACUGGAAGCUGGAAGGAUUGGCAGGAAGAAUGAGACAGUGAUGAUAAUGUUUGUGUAAUGUGUAUUCCCAUUGCUGAGGUUGUUGUAGGCGAAAACAUCUAUCAUAUAUCGGUGUUCUGCUGCAGACAUUUGACUUGUUGUAGAUUAGCAGUGUUGUAUUUAACACGCAGUGGUCCUUAAGAGAAGGAUCCUUUCUCAAAACCAAGGCUGCCCGGUCAGCGAUAUGAAGUUGGGUUUUCAGUUGACCUCAAGCGUUGGUUGGUUCUGGAUAAAUUCUGAUAAAUUUCUCCCCUGGUUUAUAUCAUUCUCGAGGAUAGUCUGUGUUACCAGUAUUUCAUCCUUUAGAAUGAUGGAAGUUAUGUGGCGUUGGGUUAAUGAAGCAUUGUGUUAUCCACCUUAGAGAGGGCUUGUUAUAGCAUCCCGUGCUCCAUUGUAGAGGAAGUUCCUGUAGCACAUAGUUCCUGAUCUAUCAAGAGGUUUAAAUAUGGCACCUGACGCUUUCCAUUAGUAAGAGGUAACCUAGUUCCCCCUGACCUCUAUAAUUUGGUUUAGAAUUAAUGUUGCAUGCUAUAAGUAAAUUGAAAUACUUGAUCUUUUGUUGUUCAACUUGUAUUUUGGGAAAUAUUCAGGCAGCUUACUGAAAAGCCAAACUCUGAUCCAGUACUCGGAUUGGUGGUAAUUCUAGUUGUCUUUCCCAUUGCCACCGUAGACCCGCACGUGCACACAUGCACACAAGCGUGCAUGCACACAUGCGGACCCCACUCUGUCAGUAUCCUGGGCCACAAAGAUAACCUUCAAUUUCUUUUCACCCCUACAGCUAAUCUUCAGAAUGCUCUCCCUCCUCAACUGCAAUAAGAAAUGCGAGGAGCUUUGUCACUAAGAUUCAGACAAUCUGAUCAGCUGCCUCACCUCCUCCAGUCCAAUGGGCCAAAUGUCAUCUUUAGGAAAAAAAACCCCUCCCCAUCCCACUCGCCUCUUCCCUGACCAAGCCAGAACUUUCCCUAUUUCUGCUGAACAGCUGACGACACAAUUUCUCUUCAUGCUUUCCCCUCCCCAACUCUCAGAUCUGCUACUGUCAACUGCUCAGUCUCCUCCCAAUCUCCUUCAAAUCUGCUGUUACCAUACCCCGUCCCCAUCUCCUUUCUUGACUCCUCUGUCUUUCCAAAAUAUUGUUCCAUAUUCAAUCUCCUUUUCCAUUCCAAAGUCCAUGAAUGUGUUAGCUCUGCAAACCUGGGCUAACCUUUUCCUCAGUGCUGUGUUUAAACACCUUCAGUUGGGUUUCUCUGUACUCUCUCUUGUUUUCCAAAAGCCACAGACUACAUCCUUCAUGAUGUGUGGCCAUUGUGAACUCUUCCUCCCCAGCCUUUUUGAAGUUCCUGCAGCCUUUAACAUAACUUGAUCACACCAUCUUCUUCCAACACUUGUCCUCCAGCCUCCCGCUUGUUAGGACAGCCUCCUGCUAUUCUUAACCAACUUAGGCUCGAAGGUCAUCUGCGAUGGUUGUUUUUCUAAUUCGGUUAGCUCUGGUGAAUCCUGGGUUUCACCUAUCUCCUAUUUCAGACUGCAUUUUGAAGACCUCAUCUCGAAAAGGCACUCUGCCGCACCUCGCUCUCAAUUCUGUCAUGUCUCUGAAUGUGCUCAGUGCUCGGAAUGAGAUAAGCAGAAAUAUUCUCCAACUAAUUCUCAGGAAAAUCCAAGCCAUGGGAGUCAACCUGAUCAUCAGCUGAAACCCCAUCCGCAGCUUUGUUAUUGAUGAUUCCAAUGUGCCCCCAACAAGUCUUCAAUCUUUUAGUCUCCUGUCCCUCGCUUUUCUAUUCUCAUCGUGUGCGCACCGCAUACACGUGCGCACACACACACACACACACACACACUCUCUCUCACACACACAAACACAGAGAGAGAGAGAGAGAGAGAGAGAGAGACAAGUGAUCCAUCAGCCUUCAAGAAUUGAGUCCUUGUUUUCCAGCUCUUCCAUGGCCUUUGCUCCACUCCACCCACUUCUCUCUGGUCCAGCAAUGCUCUGAUAUCGUCCAUCCCGUUCUGUUGACUCCUAUAUUCUCAAUUUUCAUACUCCCUUCGUUGGCAACUGUGUCUUCACCUGACGAGGCCCUAAAAUUUUCAGUUCUUAACUCCUUUCAAUCCUUUCAAGACAUUGCUUAAAAUCUAGCUCUGCGAUUUCACCUGUCUUUAAAAAAAAACACCUCGUGUGGCUCAGUGCCAAAUGUUGGAGAGCACUCCUGUGUUGCACCAGGGGUUGAAAAAGGCCCUAUAUGAUGAUGCACGUUGUUUUCACACGAUAUGGCCCAGUUAAUACUUGUGAAUUUCUCAAUCCCAAUAGAAAGAACAGAAUGCUGCGUAUCAAGAGGGCAGGGGAGCAUGGGGUACAAACAGCAGGAAUAGGCCAUUCAACCCCUUGAGCUUUCCUCUCCAUUUCAUACCAUCACGGCUGAUUUCAUCUCAGCUUCAACUCUACUUCCCUGCCUGCUCUCUGAAAUCCUUCAACCUGUUCGGGAUCCCAAAGGCAAUUAACCAAACAUGUGAAAAGGAAAGUUACUGCCCUUUAAUCAGUUUAACUGUGUUUCUUCCUGUUGAUUCACCACCGCUGAAGACACAGCAGUGAAUAAACUGGUCUGUCUGGUUAAAUUAUUACAAAGCCAUCAGGGACUGGACUACUGAGGAGAAACAGGUUUAUUUUGUGUGCUGGAAAUGAGAUGUACUAAAUUCUGUCAUUCAUAAAAAUUAAGCAGGGCUAUCAUAUCACUUGACCACGUCUCCUGAAAGAGGGUGAACAUGGUGCUGACUGGGCCAUCUUGUGGAAAUGGGGUCGGUAGAGCAGAGUUACGAUUACAGUGAUGCCUUAACUUGUUCACUAGGCGGACCGCUCGAGUCAGAAGACUUCCUGACUGGUCAAAGCUUUCCCAGUAAAAUUACCCUGAAAUGUCAGACCUUCCUGUCUGGGACAUGUGAGACAGAGUGGGGCCACUGGAAGGAGCACAGGGUCAGUCGAAGGCCCGGCUCAGUUGUCCGCAACUCCAUGGCAAUUGUUUCAGAAGUUGUUAAGCCAUCUUAUACUCAUUCACUACAUCUCCUUCACUGUAUCCUCCCUGAAGCCCCCUUCCAUGUGCCAACACAAUGCCAACCCCUACUGUGCCCUAUCCGUAGCCACUCACCCAGUAUCCACCAUAGGCAGACCUCAUGAGGAUGAAUAAAAGCUAAACUUCUAAUAACCCAAAAUAGUUCACCCUCCUGCAUGACGGUUAAUAAAAUUCAUCGAAUCCAUUCACAGAGGCUUAAAAUCUCCUGAAGGGAUUGGAAGAACAUGUUCUUAAAAACAAAUUUCUAUCUGGACUUCAUAUCAAAGACAGCUAAUCUUUUAAUAUUUGAACUUUCAAUCAGUCUAUGAACUCAGAAAACCCUGCUGAGACAAUGGUAGCUUGUGAAAUUCAACUGAAAUAAAUCCCCUUGGUAUCCAGCAUAUAAGGGGAAUGUGGGGCAGCGGGAGGUGAGGGGAGGGUGGGUGCCUGUUACAUGAAUGUGCAAAUUGCAGGACCAUUCAGAAACACCAUCGAUGAGGUUUAUUCAAAAAGAGUGUGUUUUGUGUGUGUGUGUGUGUGUGUGUGUGUGUGUGUGUGUCUGUCUGUCUGUCUGUCUGUCUGUCUGCCUGUGUGACAGGAAGAGAGACAGGCAACUAAAUUAUCAAUUCCCAGAGCGAGGAAACCUGCAUCCAUUGAUUGUUCUGCGUGAGAAUUCUGGAUAACAGGAUAAUAGAGACUCCACCUUGUAUGUGGUAAUGUCAAUCGAAAACUUCAUCAAAAUGGAUGUGACCAGAUGCCCUUAUGUUUUUAUUUUGUGACCUUCAACAGAUGGGCUUUCAAUCGAAACAGUCUUGCAGGGAUUAUUUUAACUCUCACUGACAGCUGCAGCCUGUUUUAUUUUUAAACUUUAAAGAGCAGAGGACCCUACGCAACAACUAAAAUGCAAUCUGUUUGGACUAAGGCAUAAAGGUCAAAUGACCCUCUUAGUUUGGUUCCUGUUUGUGCAUGUCAUGACCACCCCUUUCGGCAAAACUAGGCUUCAUUAGAAAUGAGGGUGCCACUGGGCACAAUGAUCUUGAAGUGCAGAGUCUUCCAAACUCUGCAAAAAUCCAGCACUCUGAGCAACCUCUGGUUUCAAAUCUCGUGCUCAGUACCUCAUUUGACAUUGUUACUUUAACACUACUAUCCUGUCCAAAAGCUGCAGCAAUCCAGUGGGUGAUGUUCCACAUCCUGCCCUUCUGUAAUUGCAAACAUAUCCUCGCUGGCUUCUCAUACUGAAACAAUUCUUCAAGCAUUCUUCAGCAUGCAGAUUAGAUUAGAUUAGUGGAUUCCUCACUCCCAUUAAGUCUAUUUACACAUAGAUAGGUGCAUGAUCUACAAUUAAGUGUUUUAAUAUUUAUUCAGAAUAAGCUUUUUUAUACAAGAUUGCCAACUUUUAAGAUUAUCAAGGGUAUGGUUACUCAAAGGUGUCACGUGAUAGCAUUUUACACUGCUCUUCGUUAGAACAAGUUAACAGACCACUAACAAUUUAUUAACCAUCAAAAGAUAAACCAGUGAAAGCUGGUAGUCUGGCUGUUCCUAUUAAAAUGCUGCAUUCCUCAAACCAAAGCUAGCCACAGUACUGAAAAUGUCAACAUGCAGGAUAGAGCAGGAGACCUUCCACUUGUAUAGAACUGUAAUCUGUUGCACUUUAUUCAUUAAAUCACUUAUGUUUCUGUAAAAGUCACUGGUAGCCACAUUAUAAACUUGCUCAGAUAGCCCAGUGAUUUAAUCAGCCUUUCCCCCUAUUCUCAUAUAAGCCACAUUGAAACCUUCUCUGUCCAACUGUGCAGCAGCAACAUUUUGUUGGAGCAUUGUUGUUUUAUAGGCGUGAAAGCCCAAGCGUUACUGCACUCUGUGCUUUAUGGCAAUGUUAACAGGAUGUUGAGAAUGUGACAAUUUCCUUGCUGCUCUUAAACACUUCUUUGCAGAAUACAUAAGUAGUCACUUUGUUGCUGCCUCCGACAUCACUGCCCCCAUUUACAAAGUCAGCCGAUAUUUGAUGUCUGAUUUCUGUGCCUCUUUGUGUAACCAUGAUAUUGUUCAUUUUACCUCGGUAUUUUGGUGAUUGUGAUGCAUAUAGGCUUCCCAUUUGGACACACCAUUGAGCUUGACUUGUUUUGUUUCCUUCUGAUCCCUGUUCUUUUUUAUCCUAUCCCGGAUUCUCCUUUCACAGCAUCCUCCUAUUCCCUCCAGACCCACUCCUGCCAUUGUCACCCCCUCUUCUCGGUUCUCCUGUACACCCUUCAAUGGGUUAGCCUGCUACUGGCAGCCACCUCUUGGCUUUGGCUUCCUUAUGUGCGUGUGUGUCUUUGAUUGAUCCCUGGCUUCUGUUGGCCCUUGUCCACAAGUCUGUAAACACUUUCUUGAUCAGUAGAACUACUGCUCUCUCCUUGGUUAUUGUUACUUAAGAUCUGCAUUACAGAGAUCAAAUGCUAAUUUAUGAGUAAAACCAUUGCCCCCAAUCAGGAAAGCUAAACAAGAAGCCAGUGAUUGAGUUCAAGGGGUAAACCUUUGACCUCUCCUAAAGUCCUGAUGUUUACAGCCCAUGUGUCUUUUAACUUGAAGAUUAAUGUUGUGCGUUUAAGAUUAAUAAGGCAUUCCUUGCGAAACAGCACUCUGAGAAGCAACAUUGGCCAGCACUCUUUGACUAUCUGUUGGUUUGGAGUCAAACAAAAGUUGUUAUCCAGGGUAUAUUGGUCUGUAUGAGACACCAUUGUCUCUGUGUCACAUUUUGAACUGUCUCCUAUAAGAAUUCUGAGGAGUUGUUUCUGUGACAUUCCUGUUUAAAAUAAGGAGGUCGAUUCUAAAGCUCCAUGCAGUUUCCUCCUCAUAAAUUCUCCAGUUAAAUAUGGUGGAAACACGAGUGUUGCAUGAUCCCUGCUUGUGAACGUAGUGGGCAGAGCCAAAUAAAAACUUUUUACUAUCAUGUGUUCUGUUAAAACAAAUCCUGCUUUAAGUAACAGCUAGUAUUUAACAACACAACCCACUUGGAUCUCUCAACUUUCUUGUGUAACCUUUGCAUUGUUAAAUAGUCAGAUAUUCUAUUGACAGCUUUAGCCCACAGAACAAGCAGGUACAGAAUGACAUUUGCAUACUAGAACUGUGACCCAUGUUACACACGUGCUACUGUCCGAUAGUUUCAGAGGCUUCUUCCUCUCUCCCGCUUCCUAACGAAAUCUGUUUUUGCAUUUCCUCAUCAGAAGAAAAAGAUGGCAAGUUUAAAAUAACUGAGCACACACAACAGGAAACCUCAACAUAUUUAACCCUCAGACUCAAAUCAACCAAGGGUUUUUUCCCUAACACAGCACUUUUGUUAAGGCAAAGCAAUUCUGCAGUGAACAUCUUAUUUCGUUAAUAAGGACUGGUUGUUAUUGGUAAGGAUGUUAACUAUUUAAAGCUGAUGUCAAUGCACAUACAGGCGUGCAUCAAUAAAGCAGUCGGAGGUCUCCUAGUCUUCAAUCCCUCGGUAUUACAUUUGCACUGCACUAGAGCAAGCUGCAGAGUGAAUGCUUUCAUCGAUCAGGUGAGUUGUGACUAUCUUCAAUGUGUAACGGCUGUUUUAAACUCGUGAGUAAAUGUUUGGAUACAGAGUCAUUUUAAAAUGAAAUGUAGUUGUUUGUUCUGAGUUUUGAUAAUGCAGGUAUGCAGUGUAAUAUGUGCUGAUGUAAAAUGAGAGCUGUGAUCAAGUGAUGUGCACACGUUGGUCAUUGUUUCCUUGAAUCCACUGGCUGAUAAACAUAAAAUAUUGAUUC